UAUUAGAAAGCUGUUUCAGAUUACUAUUUCAACUUCAGUGCUAGCUGAGGAAAGGUGUUUUCUAAACUGUUCUCUGCUACAAAAAAGUGCUCCUUCAAGAGCUACUUCUCCCAAGUUUUUUACUAAAACCAAGAUUUACCUCCUGAAACAUGGCUAUUUAACAGUAUGCGUUUGUCACCAUUCUUUUCUUCCUCUCCUAGUUUUCCUCUUUCAUAAUCUAGUCUCCGUGCCUGAGAGUGCCGUUUUCCACAGAUGUUUCCCAACUCAUCCCUUCUCUGUUGUCUCUCCUCAGCUUUGUCUGCUUUACUUCUUCCUAAAAUUUUCUCAUAUCUGACUCCCAGCUCUUUAGUUUCUGUCAGCAUAGGAAGACAUACCAUUAGGUUGCUCUAAUACCUGUGAUACCUUCUGAUUAUUUCCAAGCAAGAUCAAUCCUUGGAUCAAACGGAGGGUAUGUGCUGUACUGAGUAUCUACCUACACCACAUACUCCUUAAAUUCUCCCAGGCAAUAAAGGACAGUCAAAAGAUACCGAAUUUUGCAAUUUUUUUCCUGGAUUUUUUUCCUUGACAUAUCUGAAACAGCUCAUGUUGUUUGUUCCUUCACUUAGUGAGAAGCUUGUGGAUAGCAGCAGACAAUGGCAGACAGCAGUGAGAAGACCAUCAACUUUGUUGUCUUUGGAAGAACUCAGACUGGCAAAAGUGCUGUUGGGAACAGCCUGCUGGGCAGCUCAGACUUUGAGAGUCACUGCUCUCCAAGCUCUGUGACUACACAAUGCAGCCUAGGACGCAGCUGCCGCAUCUCGGGGAUUAUACGAAGCAAGGGCCAUGAGCAGGGUCUCCGUGUUCACGUACUUGACACUCCAGCUUACCCUCACACCAGUCUGAGCAAAGAGCAGGUGACAGACAAAGUGAGAUCAGCCCUGGCCCGCUACUUCGGGAAGGAAGGCCUGCAUCUAGCUCUUCUAGUCCUGAGGGCUGACUUGCCUCUGUGUAUGGAUGAAAGUAAUCACACAAUUCAGUUCAUGCAGGAACUCCUGGGUCCCACAUGGAAGGAUUUCACUGUAGUUCUACUUACUCAUGCAGACAAGGCAGAAGAAGCUGGAUUCAGUGAGGAAGCAUAUCUGCACAGUGCCUCAAGUACCCUGUUGUCACUUCUGAGCCUGGUACAGCACAAAUACGUUUUCCUUAACAACCAGAAGAGCAUAAUUAAAGAGGAAAGAGCUAUUGUGUUAAGAAAGCUCUUAGGUUUUAUAAGGCAAAAUAAUUAUCGAGUCCUUCUACUUAAUCACAAGGAAUAAAAUUUGUUUUCAGGUGCUUGUUUGUCUAUUUUCUACAGCAAGUAACAUUUAAAAAAAUUAAGAGAAGUCAUCAACUAGAAAAUUCCACCUCCAUACCAAAUACUUUAACACAUAGAUGAAAACAGAUUACCAAACUAUUUGCACCUCAGAGUACCUCACAAUACUGCACCCAGAAUUCUAGUUUCGACCAGAAAAUCAGAACAAAGUAGUGCUCUAACUCAAACUCCUAAUAUGCACAUAGUCACAAAUGAGGUUCUGCACUACACCAGACUGUAUACUGCAGUUCAUACAAGAAGAAAAAAUGUGAUACAUGCAUGUGAGUUGAGACUGGAGGGGUGCCUCCUCACUCAAUUCUUCAAGCUUGCAAAAGUUCCUCUGAAUUUCAAACUUUGUAAAAAGAGUUCCAGUAUUGAAAGCUAAGGUUUUUCUACUGAAAGUAUUUCCUUACCUUGAUUCAGGAUUAGUUAGAAUUGAGAUUCUGAAUGCCAAGGUUUUUGUUUAAUAAGACAUAAUUGCAUCUGUAGUUUACAAGGUAGAUAAAUAGCUCCCAUAAGCCCAAUGCUAUUUGGUACAUUUAAGAGAACUAGUUACUAUUGCUUAUUCCCAGAUACACAAAAAAAUUAACAGUUCAUAGGCACAUACAAACCUUAUUUGAGAAAGAAAUCUAUUCAUCUCUCCUUUUGCACCUGUUCCUUUGGAUUUUACAUCUCUGUAUAUUUGUUUUCCCACCCAAUUUACUGGAUGAAGUUCAAAGCCUGAAAAACUUCAAGAGUGGCUAAAUUACUUUAUUUCAGAGGUUAAAAAAAGAGACUAACCAGUUAAUUAAGUAUUAUAUGCCAAAGUAUCGGAACUACCUCUAAAUACUUGAAAGGCUUAUUGUAACUUGAUCUAAAACAUUAGAAGGAAGGAAUUAAAAGUAGUAAAUUGAGAGUGUUGCCAUAGCAGCCACAACUACUUGUACAAUAUUAUUAAGGAAUAAUUCCAAUUGUAAAAACUACAGAAGCUGUGUUUGUUAAAACCAAAGCAACAUUUUCCUUGAGAUCACAUUAAA